UAAAUGUAAUUUAAUUUUUUAUUUAAUUAAUUAUUAAAUGUAGGCAAAUUUAUAAAUUAACAUAUUUAAAUGAUUUUGUAGAUAUAAAAAAAUAAUUGAAUUUUAAUAAUAUCUUGUUGAUUACGGUCGGGUUCGGGUUUGAAAGCAGGUCUGUUUGAACAGGUCAGGAUAUAAUCUUGUCAGGUGCCGGUCAGGUCUGAGUAAUCCCAGGUCAGGUUUCGGUCAGGUCUAGGGACUGACCCUCACAGGUCGAACCAGGUUCAAGUCAGGUCAGAAUCAGGUUGACCCAGCGGUCAGAUCUGUUUCUGACACCACUACUCCCAUCAACAAGUUAAACCAAAUUUUCUUUCUCUACCAAAAUCUAUAACUACUUAUAAGUUAGGUUAUAUUGUUAACAAACCCAUCAAAAAAAAAAAAAAAAAAAACAUGGAAUUAGAGAUCAAAGUAAUGUGCUGCAAAGGCUUAACAGCGUUCAAUUUCUUCCAAAAACUGACACUUUAUGCAGCUGUUUCUAUAACUACAGAAAAUGACAAGUUACUUCUUACCAGAGAACAAAAACAGGAGCAUAAAACUCCUGUUGAUGAUAAUGGGGAUGGUAAUCCAGAGUGGAAUUAUUCUAUCAAGUUCGAUUUACGGUCUCUAAAUUCGAUCAACGAUUUAUCUCUUCUAUUCGAGAUGCGAAAUCAGGGACAGUUGCAGUUCUUAUGGGAUAAAACCAUUGGAGAAGUUCGAGUUCCGUUGACGGAUUUGAUUCAAUCUGGUAUGCCUGAGGUUGUCAGAUUUGUUAGUUAUGAGGUCCGUAAUCCUGAAGGUAAACAUAAUGGGAUUCUUGAUUUUUCUUAUAAGGUAAUUACUAACAAUAAUAAUACAAAUCAUGAUAACAUAACCGGAUACCAUCAUCAUCAUGAUCAUCAAUCUCAUGAACAUGAUGCAAAUUCAGAUGUUCAUGUGAUAGGAUACCAUCAUCAUAAUCAGGAGUUGCAAUUGAAUGAGGGUAAUACACAAGGUGGUACAUAUACAGAGACUCAUAUGAUGGGAUACCAAUACCAUCAUCAUCAUUAUAAUCAUCAUCUGAAUGAAUCUGCAGCUACAAAUUCUAAUUCAGAUUUAAUUCAGUACCCAAAGAUUGAUUUGGAGGAAUAUAAUUCAACGCCAUUAUUAGUUUAUCCUCCGCCACCAUCAUCAUCAUCGUCACCAUCAUCAUCAUUUUCAUUAACAGCAACAACUUCUGCCCAUUAUUAUACACCUGCUCCUGCUGUAUAUCCACCGCCUUCACAACAAACGUGGGCUGAGCCCCCUUCCCCGCUAUCCCAUUAUCCGCCGCCUCAGCAGCAUCAUGUUUAUCCGCCGCCACCACAACCGGAACCAUGUGGGGACCUGCAUUGGGGUUACUAUAGGCCACCUGGCUAUCAUUAUUGGUAAAUUUAUGGGGUGUCUAAGAAUGGACAAAUUCGGACACAUGAUAUAAGUCCGAAUCACAAUUGUUUCACAUUGUUGGCAAAUGAAAACUAAACUUGCCAGGUGAAAUAAUUUUGCCUUAUUUGUGCAGCUAUGUGAAAAAAAAAUAAGUGGAAUUGGAUUGAUUUGGUUCAGAAUUGUUGAUUUUUAAGGAAUUUAAAGAGUAGGCAUUUCAAGAUGAAGGGAGAUUGACAAGAACAGGAUUUUAAUGGAUGGCGGUAUUAAUUGUGGAUCUGCUGUAUGAAUAUAGUUAUGGAUAAUUGAUUCAUGAUUACGAGUCUGUAAAUGUUUUUUUAGUUGUGUGAUACUUAGUAAUUACAUUAAUCAUAUCCAUGAUUCACUUCUUUACCUUAUGCUUGCAAAUCUUAGGAUAUAUACGCUGCAAUCUAUGGGUUAUGUUCAUGUUGCAUCCUAUAUGAAAGUAUAUUUGGAUUGCUCAUGAGUUUUUAUGCAUU